GGCCCACGUACUUUCCAUUUCCUGAACUUGGACCGUGUCUGCUGGAGGAAAUCUUAGACUCGAUUUUAUCUUCCAAUAACUAUUGCACAACGGUUGUACCUUUGAUUAAUGCUGGACGGAUCUGUGGAUGUUGUUUCAAAAUUAAGCACAACGAGUAAUCAAUCACGCAGCCUCAACGGAUCGCGCCGAACGAAAACAUUCAAAGGGACCAUGAGGUAGUUAAUCUCCAUUUCUGAACAAGAGUUGGUGAUAAUGCAAUUGCAUGGGCAGUUAAGUGACAUGGGUUCUGUGAUCUGCAGUCCCCAUGACAUGUACACCUGAGUGUUGAAUUUGCUUUUGCUGAGUAUUCUUUUUUUUUUUUUUUUAAAUGCUCUGAAGCCUCAGUGAACGUCCAAAAGGCGCUUUACGGUGUGGGCAGAGCUUGAGCAAACCUGAGUUGGAAAAGAAACGAUAUAAUAGACUUUAAUUGCUUGAUCGGAAUGUCUGACACUCCGAUCAAUCGCCGAUUACUCGGUGCAGCUGCUGCGAUUAUAGCGGGCCUUCCCGUCGCUGUUGCCGGGUUUCUGCGUCUGAAAUACGGCCGAACAGUCUUUGCAGACCUGGUGGCAUUUCAGAAAGAACAGCAACAGAAGAAAGAGGUAGAAGCCCUGGUGGAGCAAAAUUUCAAAGUCAUUGACUUCUUUGAGGCACACGUGAAGCAAACCCCGGAUAAAGAGUUCGUCUUGCACAAAGAUGAGUUACUCACCUACGGUGAACUGGACAGACAGGCUAACCAACUCGCCCACUUUGUCCAGCAAAGCGAGGUGGCAGCUUGCAUGGAAACAGUGGCCAUAUUCAUCCGGAACGAACCCAGUUUCGUCGUGUCCUGGUUGGCUUUUGCCAAGCUGGGGCUAAGAAUAGCGCUGAUUAACUACAAUCUUAAAGGCAGGGGACUCCUUUACUCUAUCAAAGCCUGUAAUGUGAAAAUGAUUGCGUGCGGAAACGAUAAGCGACUAGUGCAAGCUCUCGCUGACCUAAUGCCCGAGCUCCAAGCCUUUGGUGUUAAGGUCUGGGUUGUCGGGAAGGAUCUCGAUGAGGGUCUUCCCUUGGGAAUGAUUCCUGUUGAUGUGAAGACGCUGAAGGAACGCAGUGAUCCCAUACCAAGGAGUGUGCGAGAUCAGCAGCCGGUCCUGGACGAUUCACUCUAUAUCUUUACUUCGGGAACAACAGGUUUUCCCAAAGCGGCAAGGGUGCCCCACACGCGUCAACUGAGUGGUUCCUUUUUUCAAGCCGCGCUUGGAUUGACUAAAGAUGAUGUAGUGUACGUCUGCCUGCCUCUCUACCACAGCAUGGGUUUCACCGUGGGCUUGCAGAAUGUCAUUAGAGUCGGGGGUACUGUAGUCAUCAGUGACUUCUCGGCCCAACGGUUCUGGGAUGAGGUUCGCAGGUACCGAGCGACAGUGAUCCUUUACAUCGGGGAGACGUGCCGUUACCUGAUGGCGCAGCAACAGCGAGUAGAUGACGGGAAAUAUGAUCAUAAGGUCCGCUAUGCAGUCGGCCUGGGCUUAUCGUCUGAUAUCUGGGAAGAAUUUCAAAAGCGAUUCAACAUUGGCCGCAUUGUUGAAUUCUACGGGGCCACCGAUGGGACACACACUACGACAAAUCUGGAAGGUAAAUUGGGAAGCGUUGGAAGGUAUCCUCUCGUUUAUAAGGUACUCCAGAACGCCAUAGUCCUUGUUCAGUGUGACAUAGAGACAGCUCAACCGCUUCGUAGUCCAAACGGUAAAUGCAUCCUGACACCUCCAGGCGAGAUGGGGCUCAUGCUUUUUCGGCUGGUCGAUGUCUCCCACUUCCACGGCUACGUUUCGGAGGCGAGCACGUUGAAGAAACUUGUCCGAGAUGUCAAGAAAAAUGGUGAUUUGUUCUUCAACACUGGAGAUCUGAUGGUACAGGACAAAGACGGUUAUCUGUACUUCAAGGACCGACUUGGAGACACAUUCAGAUGGAAAAGCGAAAAUGUUGCAACAAGAGAAGUAGCUCAUGUCUUGAACCAAUACUCAGGCAUACAAGAAAGCAAUGUGUACGGCGUCAAGGUGCCAGGUUGCGACGGGAGGGCAGGUAUGGCGGCAGUAGUCUUCAAAGAGGGGCAUCAGCUUGACCCGAAGGCCUUCUUCGAUCACGUGUUCAGGUCACUGCCGCUCUUCGCAUGUCCAAAGUUUCUUCGAAUCAUCAAAAAGAUGGACAUCACGGGGACAUUCAAGCACAAGAAGACUAACCUUGCCCGUGAGGGAUUUGACCCCAAUGUCAUAUCGGACCCGCUCUUCUUCGUGGAUGACGAAAAGAAAACGUACGCGCCCUUGGACAAGGAAACCUUUCAAAAAAUUCUCGUGGGGAAGGCCAAAUUAUGAACAUUAAAAUGAUGUAGGAGACCGUGCCUUAGCAAGGGCGACCUCCCUGUUUGAAUUCUAAACAUGAAUAUGCAUAUUGUGUAGCUGAUAUUGUAUCUGGGUUAUUUGCAUGUUUGUAUGUCAAGUAAUUGUUACUUGGUGACCCUUGUGCUUCUCGCGCACAAGGACUGGUUGUACUAGGUAGACUUCCACCAGGAAAAUAAGUCCAAAUGUUUAUUUUAGAUAACUAACUGAAUAUGUCACAAAUAUUGUCAUGUACAAUAAUCACCCCUCGUAUUAUGUGAUAUUUUGGUGACGUGUUAAUUGAAGCUCACAUUACUUGUUCUAUAAUUUACUUGGUAAGUAACUCUUUGCGUAUGAAUACGAACAAAACAGUAUAAGAGACGGCCAAAGACUUUGACUGGGUUGGCCGUGGAGUUCGAGUUUUAGAGGGACGCGGAGAGCAUGGGUAUAUUUUGAUGUCGGUAGCACCCAUUUCAACGUCUGUGUAGCCAUAAUCCUUUUCACUUCGAAUUAGGUUGCGACAGUAGGGCAGGAAUGGCGGCAGUCUUCUUCAAAGAAGGGCAUCAACUCGACCCAAACGCCUUCUACGAUCACGUGGUCAAGUCACUGCCCUUUACACAUGUCCUAAGUUUCUUCCAAUCCUGGAAGAGAUGAAUAUCACAGGGACAUUCAAGCACAAAAAACUGACCUUGUCCAAGAGGGAUUUGACAGACCCCCCUCUUCUUUAUGGAUGUGGAGAAGAAGACUUACACACCCUUGGACAACGAAGCCAAGCGGAAGAUUGUCACUGGAAAUGCUAAGCUAUGAACACUGAAAUAAAAUACAUGUACAGAGACUGCAUGAUUCAGAAAGAUAUAGCGAAAACUGCUUGAAUUGGGAUAUUAAAAUUUACUUCGAUGACAUUUAUUAAAAGCUCUGAAAAUCGAAUGAUAUUGCUGAUACCUUUUCUUCUGAUAUGCAACGUGUUAAAAUACAGCAUAUGUUCUAUGCAAAAAACAAAACACAAAACACACCCCUACAUAUAGUGCGAAAUAUCUUCAACUAGUUUAUUGCCAUUAUUAUUCAUGAGGCCUAUUGCUCAACUGAACUGUAAUGACUCAGCAUAUAUGUACGGUCGAAGAAGAGCACUGUUAUUACCAGCAUGUGGAGCUAUGGCUGCAUCCAAAUCUCUUGUCUAGAGGUAGGUCUAGGUCUUCGCUCCAUUAGAAAUGCGUGGAAACGCGUAGGCAAUAGACCUAGCCGUAGAUUUGAAAGCCCGUUACUGACACGGCCUAUGAUACAAGGUCACAUUUAUAGCAAGGAAAAUUUUAGCUCCCAAGUCUUUUCUUUCCAGCACUGACAAUACCAGGUAACUAUUAUAACGAGGUAAUUUGUAAAGUCCCAACGACCUAGUUAAUAUCAGUGUUUCACUGUAUAUGCUACCUGUGCACAUUGUACGUGUGUGCAUUAUGACCGCAGUUUGAUUAAGUGAAAUUUUAUUCCGUGAAUGCUUCAUAUGCUGAGAAUAUAAUAGAAUUAAGUUCAAACAAUAACUUUGUUGGUUACAUUUUGGAUUGUUGCAAAACGUGUAUUGUCCUUUGAAGUCGACUAGCCUUUAUUAAUGUUGGUAAACAUAUUAUUUUUUUUUAUCUAAAAACAAGUCCAAUGUCAAUUUCCAUCUCUGUUUAAUUCACUUCAAUUAUCCUAGAGACUUAGUGUCCUCAUCAGUUUCUGAAUAGUUUGUAUGCACUGUAGUUUGGUUUAAUUCAUGGUAUGAUCAAGUUCUAUUCCUGUGUAGAAAAAGAAAUCCAAUUUCGACAGUCACAGCAUCAGAAGAAAGAUUUCUAACAAUUGUGCAUAUUGGAUCCAGAUUUGAAGAAGACAGCAUACAUGUAUUUUUAACCCGAUCCUUGACAACAGCUUAUUUAAAUGAACGGUAAGACGCAGAACCAAAUACAACAGGAAGCGCUUCAAUGAAUGCAAAUGAUUUUGAAGCGGGAUAAAGUA